GGGAGCACCGGCCACCUGCAGUUCCAAGGAACCGGGGACCGGGAAAACCUCGGGGACCAGGAAAACCUCGGGGACCGGGAAGCCGCGGGCACCGGGCAACCGAUAGCACCGGGCAGCCGCGUCAUGGGGCAGUCGGGGGCACUGAGGAGCCGGGAACCGGCAGCACCGAGCAGCCACAGCACCGGGAAACUGUGGGCACCGGGGAGCCGCGGUACCGGGAAACUGGGGGCACCAGGGAGCUGUAGAACCAGGAAACCGAGUGCACCGGGCACCCAUGGCACCUGGGAACCGGGAGCAGCGGCGAACUGGGAAACCAUGGGCACCGGAUAACCGCAGCACCGGGGAACUGGGAAACUGGGAGCACCGAGUAACCGCGGCACCAGGAAACCAAGAGCACCAGGGAGCUGCGGCACUGGGGAACCGGGGGCACCAGGAGCACCCGCCCAGCAGCGGGACCGGGGCCAGCACCCACACAAUGACCCAGCACCCACACGGUGACCCAGCACCGGGGCCUGCCGGGCCUGGCACCGGCUGUGGGCACCGGCACUGGGCUGCCACCAGGACCAUGGGUGUCGACUUCAAGAUGAAGACGAUCGAAGUGGACGGCAUUAAGGUGCGGAUACAGAUCUGGGACACGGCGGGGCAGGAGCGGUACCAGACCAUCACCAAGCAGUACUACCGGCGUGCACAGGGCAUCUUCCUGGUGUACGACAUCAGCAGCGAGCGCUCCUACCAGCACAUCGUGAAGUGGGCCAGCGACGUGGACGAGUACGCACCUGACGGCGUCCAGAAAAUCCUCAUCGGGAACAAGGCGGACGAGGAGCACAAGAGGCAAGUGGCCAGAGAGCAAGGGCUGCAGCUGGCCAGGGAGUACGGGAUGGAUUUCUACGAGACGAGCGCCUGCAGCAACCUCAACAUCAAGGAGUCCUUCACGCGGCUGACAGAGCUGGUGCUGCAGGCGCAUCGCAAGGAGCUGGAGGGGCUGCGGGGCCCCCCCCGCACCCCCACCCUGGCCGGCCUGGAGGAGGAUGAGCAGCAGCCCCUGGGAAGCGAGGACACCCCCAAAACCUGCUGGUGUUGAAGCCUGGGACCCCCUGACCUCCCCACUUCCCGAGCUGUGUUUUGGGGGGAGGGCACGAUGGGUGUGGGAUUGGGUGGUCCCGAUGUGGGGGGAGCGGCGGGUGCCUGGUGGUGGUGGGGACCCAGGACCCCACCUGGGGGUGGCGGGGGCCGGGCAGGUGUUGCGGGGGU